ACUUCACAGAUACAUGAACAUGAAUGACCUUGGGUUUGCAGUGAUUUGUUCAAGCAACAUGAAUCGCAGUAUGGAAGCUCAUGCCUUUCUCAGCAAGAAGGGCUUCAAUGUCAGAUCUUUUGGAACAGGAGACAAAGUGAAGCUUCCUGGACCUGCUCCUGAUAAACCAAACUGUUAUGAGUUUGGGACAUCUUACGAUGAUAUAUAUAAUGAUCUUAUAAGGAAAGAUAAAGCUCUUUACACACAAAAUGGACUGCUCCACAUGUUAGACAGAAAUCGACGAAUUAAACCUGAACCUGAGAGAUUUCAGCUGUGUAAAGACAAAUUUGAUAUCAUUAUCACAUGUGAAGAAAGAGUUUAUGACCAAGUAUUAGAGUCUCUCAGGGACAGAAGAUCUGGACAAUGACAUCGACGAGCUUCUGCAUGAGUUUGAAACAAAAUGUCAGAGGAAUGUCCUUCAUUGUGUACAGUUUUAUUGAUACACCAAAUUGGAAGUAGGGUACAUAUCCCUGAAGAUGGUCCAUUCCCAGUUAGUGAUUGUAUGUAAUGAAUGUUAAUGGAUCGUUGAUAUUGUUUGAGUAUGUGUAAAUUGCCUGUGAUGCUGCUGAUACAUUUUUUAGAAUGUUGAGUUGCAGUCUGGACUCACACUUGUUACAGAUACCAAGUAAGGUCUCUUGAGUCAACAGUCUGUGUGAAUAAAUUAAAUUUGUUUUGUAAGCUAGCAUCUUAAUAUUUUUACUUUGACCUUGGCCUUUGGUUGGAAUUGUUAAAUUGUUAAAAUAUUGUGAUUUGUGUCCAUAGAGAAAAGAACUCUUACAUGCUCUUACAGUAAGAAUAUAGGCAUUACUGAUAAUUCAGUUUUGUUUUUUGGUAUCAGAUUAUUUUAUAUCAAAGUAAAAGUGAUAAAGCAGGAUAGAGAAAAUGAUAAUAAACAUCAUGUAAAUCAGAUUUAAUUUCUCAAAAAUAAUAGGAUGGUAUAGUUGAAAAAUAGAUAGUAAGAUAGAAGACAUGAGAUUAUAACGAUGGCCCAUAUGACUUUAGUGCAUUUAGGUUUGACUUGUUAUUCCCAAUUUGCAUUUUCUGCUAAAUGUUUUUUGAGAUGCAUUAGACUAUUUCUUUACUGGAUAAAAUAUUGAAAUUGGUUUGACUGUCUUAUCAUUUAGUUAAUUCAGUAUUGAUAUUCAAUAGGUUACUUACAUAUUUUAGGUGGCUUUGUUGUAAUAGAUAGAUUUUGUUGUAAUGAUUGAUUUUACAUCUUUAGUAGAGUAUCAUUAACACUUUUUGCCAGGCUUUAGAAAUUAUCAGUAGAACAUAUUUGAGUGAUAACAUCCAAUUUUGUAUAAUGAAAAGGGUACUUAUUAACAAUUCUAGGCCCUGCUAUUUGUCAAUACUCUUUUUAUAACACAUGCAAGCUUUAAAUUUGCUUGACUUUAUGGAUUGCUGUUUUGGUUGUACAUUGUUUGGUUAUGGAGAGGGUACUUCCAAAUUCAUACUACUAAGCACAAUUUUAAUAUUUUAGAUAUUAUUAAACACAAGCAAUUCCUUAAAUCUGAUGAAAUAUAUACUGUUCUGUAUUUAAAAAAAAUUAAAUAGUCCUUGUAUGUAGAUUCUUGGAAAGAUUUGAUAAAGAAUAUUUUUUUUUUUAUUAUUAUUAUUAUUUAUUAUUUUGAUGUAUAUUAUAGUCAAGAACCUUUUUUUCUGGUCUACCAUUUUUUUUAUUAUUAUCCAUACAACUUUGAUUUGAUAUUUAGGAUGCUAUAGCUGAACUUAACAUGUAUGUUUAUUAUGUGUGUUGAACCAAGACCAAGGUGUAUAUUUGUCAUAUUAUAUGUGAAUUUUGCAAUUUGCAA